GUAUAUACGUGUGUUUCUUCAGAUAUUUUGUCCUAUCGUACUCUUAUGUUGGUUCGAAGCUUGCAACGUAACAUCAUUUGCUUUGUUUUACUUAAGGUGUCAUUUCUAAUAUUUUAUCUCUCCUUGAUAAGAAACUUUUUGUCUGGAAUUGUCCUAUCCUUAGUACAAAGAUCUGCGUGUAAGGGGGUGAUGUGGGGAGGCAGGAAAAACAAAAAUCACCAGUUGUAACAGUCAAUGGGAGAAUUUUGACCCCUUACGUACGCCCCUGUGUCAGUGUAGUCUAUGAUACAUGGGUUGGUUGUGUAAGGCUCAGCUUUUACUUCUACGUUUCCUGACCAGACUGGCUUAUGUAAGCAGGGAUGGGUAUUGCCAGUGCACAGAGGGACUUUCCAUGCAGGUUCUUUGUGAGGAAUCAUUUCUGUGUGCAAUGUACCGGCGGCAGAUCACUGCAGUCACCGCCCAGUCCCCUCCCCCCACCUACUCCUAAUGUGCUGUCCCUUUAAGGCUUCAAAAAAAAUCCUAGUGAGUCAGCAAUAGAGGAAGUGUCUCCUGUGUUUUUAUACAGUCUCUUCCUGCCCAUCACAUGAGAGAUCUUCUGUUCUCCGCCAUGUACAGUCAUACCCUGCUUCUCGCCCUCGUCUCCUGGGUUCACGGGGGGCUUUACUUUCAGGAGGGUCAACACUGCUACAAACCAGUAUCUAGGGGCAGCUUCGGAGUCAGGACCUACCCUCGUCCACAUGAAUACAUCCCUGUAGGAAGUCUGCCAAAGGUCUGGGACUGGCGUAAUGUGAACGGAACCAACUAUGUCAGCUCUACACGAAACCAGCACAUCCCACAAUACUGUGGAUCAUGCUGGGCACACGGGAGUACCAGCGCUAUGGCAGAUCGAAUUAAUAUUAAAAGGAAAGGAGCGUGGCCAUCAGCAUACCUGUCUGUGCAGAAUGUGAUCGACUGUGGAAACUCAGGAUCCUGUGAGGGUGGUGACCACGGAGGAGUGUGGGAGUACGCCAACACCCAUGGCAUUCCGGAUGAAACCUGCAACAACUACCAGGCGAAGGACCAGGAGUGCAACAAGUUCAACCAGUGCGGGACCUGCCUCACAUUCCACAAAUGUUUCUUCCUCUCCAAUUACACUCUGUGGAAAGUCCGUGACUACGGUUCGGUCAGUGGGAGGGAAAAGAUGAUGGCUGAGAUCUACAAAAAUGGCCCUAUCAGCUGUGGUAUAAUGGCUACAGACAAGCUUGAUGCCUACACUGGAGGGCUGUAUGCAGAAUACCAGCCAAGCCCGAUGGUGAAUCACAUUGUCUCAGUGGCUGGAUGGGGCGUUGAUGAGAACGGAGUGGAAUACUGGGUGGUCCGCAACUCUUGGGGAGAACCUUGGGGUGAGAAGGGCUGGCUGCGGAUAGUGACAAGCACGUACAAAGGAGGUAAGGGAGCAGACUAUAACCUGGCCAUUGAAGAAGACUGUGCUUAUGGAGACGUAAUAGUCCCAUGAAGACGCUGGGAUCUGACUACAAGGAUGGAGACAAGAAAAUACAAGCUGCAUUUACCGCCUUACCAGUAACAGGACAAUCUCUGUACAGGACAGAAGCUGUUUACAGCCCCACACAAUCUCGGUAUAUUACAGCAGGAUCAACACUACCUGUAAAGGUUUUCCUGCUGUCAGUGCUGGACUAUAGGACUAUAAAAGAUUAUUUUUACCUGUAUGUUGCUGUAUCCUUUACUUGACUCUAUUUAGAAUAUUUUGUAUCACGUGGAACAGACUGACCGAUUGCUACGCAAGAAGUGUCAACAGGAAAGGCAACACACACUGUGAUCCUCAACAAUGCAGACGUACAACUGAUCCAACCUGUUACUAUAGGUCAGCGUUUUCCCAACCAGAGUGCCUCCAGC